CCCAGUCUUGUGAUCUGUCAGCUGACACGAAUAAAAACGCUUCAAACGCCGCUUGUGCUGGGGCUUGAUGGCUGCGCUUGUGAAGUUCGUCUUCCUUCUGUUUGGAGCCACCGCUUGUCUGGGCUGGCAGAACAAUUUGGCCGAUGUCCCGAAGCUGACGGUCUCUGCAUAUGGCUCGCUCUGGCCCUUGCCGCAGUCUGUGCACAUCUCUCCUGUAGCUUUCAGGGUCAGCAGCUUCGGUUUCCAGAUAGUCCAUUCCCCGAAAUCGUCCGCUGGUCCAAGUUGCUUCCUCUUGCAAAAUGCUUUUCGGAGGUAUUUUGAAUACACCUUUGGAUACUCCAAGAAGCUGAAGGGAGAUCUGAAGAUGGUUGCAAAUGAUUCUGAGGUAUUCGAGUUGCAAGUCUGGAUUUCUUCAGAAAAUCCAGAGUGUGACAGUUACCCCAGUGUGAAGUCUGAUGAGUCAUAUGAGCUCAGCAUUGAUCAGCCUACAGCUGUCUUGAAAGCUCCAAAAGUCUGGGGAGCCCUGCGAGGACUUGAGACAUUCAGCCAGUUAGUGUAUGCAGAUAAAUAUGGAACGAACUACAUCAACAAGACUGAUAUUCAGGACUUCCCAAGAUUUGCUCAUCGGGGCAUUUUGUUGGAUUCUUCCCGACACUACUUGCCUCUUAAAGUGAUCUUGGCAAAUUUGGAUGCCAUGGCCAUGAACAAGUACAAUGUCUUCCACUGGCACAUUGUGGACGACCACUCUUUCCCUUACCAGAGCACGGCUUUCCCUAAUCUCAGCACAGAGGGAUCCUAUCACCCGUAUACCCAUGUCUACACUCCCACUGAUGUGAAGAUGGUGAUUGAAUAUGCGAGAAUGAGGGGAAUCCGUGUUGUUGCUGAGUUUGACACUCCAGGACACACGCAGUCUUGGGGCUUAGGCCAGAAAGGGCUCCUUACUCCCUGUUAUGCAGGAGACACACCUACAGGAACAUUCGGGCCUGUGAACCCUAUUCUGAACUCCACCUAUGAGUUCAUGACCCAGUUUUUCAAAGAGGUCAGCUCUGUCUUCCCUGACAUGUACAUUCACCUGGGUGGUGAUGAAGUGGAUUUCUCUUGCUGGAAAUCAAAUCCUGACAUUCAAAAAUUCAUGGAUACACAAGGUUUUGGCAAGGACUACAGUAAGCUGGAGUCUUACUACAUUCAGAAGAUCCUGGAAAUUGUUGCUGGCACCAAGAAAGGUUACAUGGUUUGGCAGGAGGUAUUUGACAAUGGAGUGAAGUUAAAGCUAGACACCCUUAUCCAAGUGUGGAAGGGAAAUGAGGAGCAGUAUCAGAGGGAGAUGGCAGCAAUAACAGCUGCUGGGUUUCAUGCCCUGCUCUCCUCGCCCUGGUAUCUCAACCGAAUCUCGUACGGCCAGGACUGGCAGCAGAUGUACAGAGCCGAUCCGUACAGCUUUAACGGGACUGAGGCACAGAAGAAGCUGGUAGUUGGAGGAGAGGCCUGUCUUUGGGGAGAAUAUGUGGACGCAACAAACCUCACCCCAAGACUCUGGCCUCGGGCCAGUGCAGUAGCCGAGCGUCUGUGGAGCGAUAAAGAUGUCAAGGACAUCGGUGAUGCAUACAGCCGCCUCACCCAGCACCGCUGUCGCAUGGUGCAGAGAGGAAUCCCUGCAGAGCCUUUAUAUGUGGGACACUGUGAACAUGAGUACAAGGGCUUGUGAAAAAUUAAUCUCGGGAGGCUGGAAAUAAUAUAAGGGAAAAUGUAUCAAGGCUGCAAGCUGACAAUCUAUUCUUGUUUGCUUUGCAUUCUUCAAGAUCAAAAAUGAUUGUACAGUGGUAUACCUCUGAGUUCACUUUAAAACUGUUCUCUUUUUCUUUACAAAUGAUGCCAGCAUUUUAUUUUUUAAUAUGUGUUGUGGGAUGGAAAUACAAUAAAAAGCACUUGACUGUAAUUCUCAUUUAUUUGCAUAGUAAAUUGUUUGUUGACCAAUCAUGUAUAAAAUGCCGAUCUUGAAAUUCUAAUAAAAGCACACUUUCUUGGAA